ACCGUGAGAUAUGAAUAACUGCAGAAAGGUGGAGAAGACAAUAUCUGAGCUCAGUGUCUCAAUAGAAACAGCUGCGAAGAACUCGAACGUGAGCUUUUUUAACUUCUGCAGAAGUAACAGGACUCACUGAAACCGCUAAAUAACCAAGCGGUACCACUAAUAUUUAGUUUAAAUACAGUUGUUUGUUUGAGCUUGUUGUGUUGAUGGAAACUUCGCAAUGUUGUCAUCGAUAUUCCCUUCGGUUAUAAAGCUCGUCACAUGUUGAGACGGUAUUCAUCAAUGAAAUGGGAUUUACCGGUUGGAAGGACGUCUCGUGGGACUAUACGUGCGUGUCAGUCGGAAAAGUAUCGUCCUGAAGCUGCUCCGAUACUUUAAAGCGUUUAUUGUUGUUGUCCAUGGAGUCUGUUGGCAAGUUUGAGUUCAACAGGAAAGACCUGAUUGGUCACGGUGCCUUUGCUGUUGUGUUCAAAGGCAGACAUAAAGAGAGACGUGACUGGGAAGUUGCUGUGAAGUGUAUCAACAAGAAAAACUUGGCAAAAUCACAGUCUCUGCUUGGUAAAGAAAUCAAGAUACUAAAGGAACUCAAACAUGAGAAUAUUGUUAGACUGCUCGACUAUCAGGAAAUGGGGGGAUGUGUGUAUCUCGUCAUGGAGUACUGCAAUGGAGGUGACCUGGCAGAGUACCUUCACUCUAAGGGCACAUUAAGUGAGGACACCAUCCGCGUAUUCCUACAGCAGAUUGCUCAGGCCAUGAAGAUCCUGCAGAGUAAGGGCAUCCUCCACAGAGACCUCAAACCACAGAACAUCCUGCUCUGCCACCCAGAGGGGCGCAGGUCCAGUCCUAUUAACACCUGCAUCAAGAUAGCUGACUUUGGAUUUGCCCGUCAUCUCCAGACAAACACCAUGGCAGCCACACUCUGUGGCUCUCCCAUGUACAUGGCUCCCGAAGUCAUCAUGUCCCAGCACUAUGAUGCCAAGGCCGAUCUAUGGAGCAUAGGGACAAUUGUGUACCAGUGUCUGACCGGAAAGGCUCCAUUUCAUGCCAGCACACCACAGGAGCUGCGUUUGUUUUAUGAAACCAACAGGACCCUUUUACCCAGCAUCCCAAAGGAGACUUCUUGUAACUUAAGACACCUUCUAAGGGGGCUGCUGCAGAGAAACCACAAAGAGCGGAUCAGCUUUGAUGAGUUUUUCCACCAUCCUUUCUUGGAGACGGGUUCAUCAACGAAGAAAAGCUCUCCAGCUCCGUUGCUCUCCUACCCCAGUUCAGGCUCAGGGAGUUCCUCCAGCAGCUCCUCCACAUCCCACCUGGCCUCCCCUCAACAUUCCGAUGGAGAGAUGCACCAACUUCAACUGAAAGCGCGCUGUUCCCCUACACAGAUCACCCCUGCCUUCCUGCUGAAAGAAAUACCCAAUCAAGGCAGUCAGAGCACCUCAUCAUGCACAGAGGAAUACGUCAUGGUGCCUGCCCAGUUUCCCAGUGAGUACACAUGUGAGUUGGAAGUUGGGUCACCCCUUGAGAGUUGCCUGAUAUACAGUGGGUGCUCAGUACUGGCUGAGAGAGGCCCCGGAGCUGCAGGAAAGACACCUCCAUGCUCUCCCCUACUGCAUUCUCCCUCCAAGCCUGUUAGCAGGCCUGAGGAAUUUGUUGGCCGUAACUGCAGCCAGACAGUGCCCAUUCCUGUCCCAACUCAGAUCCAAAACUACCAGCGAAUGGAACAGAACCUGCAGCCUGCCGGCUUGCAUGGCUCCACCAGGAUCAAACUCUGCUGUGCUGGCAACAGCAAGGAAAACUCCCCGCAAUGUGGAGGCUGUAGAGCUUCAGGCCCAGGAUUUCUUCUCAAUUCUCCAGGGCUGUUAACUGGAGGAGCUCAACCGCACCAGUCCUCGCCACUAGUGGGAAUGACCCCAGAGACUCCGGAACAGACUCUUCCGCUCAGCACAAGAACUGGACUGCUCAUUGGCUCUCCUGGCAUGCAGUCAAGCCCCAAGUCAAGAAUGCCAAACCGAAACAGGACAGUUUCAGACCUGCAAUCGCUUGGUGCAUCUCCAUCCCAGACCAACAUGAGCAGGAAUGCAGCCAAUAAAAAGGGCCCUUUUAAAAGAUCGCUGAGCACAGGCAGGCUGUCUGACAUGCUGCUGAAGGCUGCCUUUGGAGGUCACCUCUUUGAAGAGGGAAGUAAUGAGAGCCUCAACUGUGAGAGAAGCAUGGACAUAACAGCUCCACCUACUGGUUGUCAUAGAGGCUCUCCAUACACAGAUAGCCCACCUCCUACAGUCUUCACAAUGGGUUCUCCAUCCAAAGGAGACUCUCCUCCGGGGUUCACAGGUUCACCUAACUACAUUAACUCAGCCUGGCUGCUGAACAGUCGCCGUCUCCAUGGAGGAAGCCGUAGAAAUAGUGAGACUGAAGCCAUGGAUGCCACUCCACAAAGUAGCCUGGUUUUUAACCCUCCAGAGCUCCCUGAAGAUACACUGAUGGAGCAGGCUCAUACCGACGCUCUGAGUGAGCUGCGAUUCACCUUGGCUUUUGUCCACUGUGUCAUGGAACUGGCGUCUUCUAAGGACCUCGGGCCAUCUGCCAUCAGCAGUCCUGAUGUCUCUUUUCUAGAGCAGAGCUUGGUGACAGAUCAGAUCAGCCUUCUGAGUAAAGAAUGGAGCUAUGCAGAGCAGUUGGUGUUGUACAUGAAGGCUGCAGAGUUUCUGUCAUCAGCACUGCACAAUGCUAAAGAGAACAUCAAACAAGGCCAACUUUGUCCCUCUACUACAGUCAAACAAGUGAUCAGGAAGCUGAAUGAAUUGUACAAGAACUGUGUAACAUACUGUCGCUCCCUCAACCAUCGACUGCAGACCUUCUUGCUUGACAAACAGAAGCUUAUGGACCGCUUCAAUGGACUGACGGCUGAGAAGCUCAUCUACAGCCACACUGUGCACAUGGUGCAGUCUGCUGCUUUAGAUGAGAUGUUCCACUGUGGCACAGCAUCAGUCCAGCGCUACCAUAAAGCCAUUUUGCUGAUGGAGGGCCUGUCCCGGAUCAUCACAGAGCAAAAGGAUAUUGACAGCAUAGAUAAAAGUAAGAAGUGCAUCGAGCGACGCCUUUCUGCUCUGCAGACUUAACAGUAUCCAUAAACUCCACAAACUGCAUUAUCUUGCCUCAUCCAUCUCUACUCUAUAUAGAUGGAUCCUCCUUAACUGUCAGCACACACAAGCACUUUGAUCUGUCUUAAGGGAAACGACCACUAGAGCAUCUGCUCUUAUCCCACCACCCAGUCUGUAAUCUUUACAUAAAUGCACAAAAAGACUGGACGUCCUCUUUUAAACAAGUUCUUGAAGACAGAUUGUGUCAUGAUUGUUUGAACUCUGAUCAGGUAUCAUUUGUUUUCAGUAUUUGUGUUGGACUGUUUAUGUAAGCAAGUAGUUUUGUGUUCUGCACUUAAAGUAAUAGGCUUAAAUAAUAACUGAUUUUAAAUCUGUUGUACUUGAAACAAAGAUUAUGUAGUUAUUGUUUGUAUUUUGAAGUGUUUGUGUUAUGUGUAGGAAAAGUUCACUAGCCAACAGGAGGCAGAGUAUUUUCAGAUUUUUUGAGAUGACCAAAUAUUGCAAGGUGUAGCAGUAGCAGUAAAACUGUUGCUGCUUUUUGUAUAUUUUUCAUCACAGCAUGCCACAUUGAUCAUGUGUAUCUGUUAUCUGUUGCUUGCACAUAUUUAUGGACAUCAGUUAAUUUUUCUGCUGUUUGGGUUAAUGUCAAAAUAUUGUGCUGAUUUAUGAAUGAGUUUGUUCAUGAUUGUUGUCCGAUUGCACGCAAGUUACUAUAAUGUGUGCAUUUUAGUUUAUUAGAACAGAAAUUUGUUAGAUUUUUGUCAAAGUGCCUUUUCUACUUUCAUCUUAUGACUACUGGUCAAAAUUGCCAAAAAUAGUUGUGAAACACUGUGGUGAAAAUAAAGAAUAUUUAUUGUUGGAA